AGUCCUCUCAAGUACUGUUUUCUUUUUUUAACAUUUGGAUGUAAAUCUUAGAAUUCUUUAACAGGGAAUUAGGAGGCAGAAUUUACUUUAAAAAGAAAAGUUAUUUAUUUUGAGAGAGAGCACAUGUGCAGUGGGGGAGGGGCAGAGAGGGAGAAAGGAUCCCAAGGAGACCCUGCACUGUCAGCGCAGAGCCCGACUCGGAGCUCGGUCCCAUGAACCGUGAGAUCGUGACCUGAGCCAAAAUCAAGAGUUAGAUGCUUCAUUAACCAAGCCACCCAGGUGCCCCUUAACUUUAUGUUUUAAAUUAAAUAACUUUUAUUUUAGAUUCAUUCAGAGAAGUGAAAAAAUAGUACACAAAGUUCCCAUAUACAUCCGUCCCGUAAACCUCCCAAAAUGUUAGCAUCUUGCAUGCAUACGGUGUAGUUCCAGAAAGCAGGACGUUUGCAUCGAUGCAGAACCGUUCUCUCACCGUGGACCGGCCAGGGGCCCACCCAGGAGCCCCCAGUGAUGUCUCGCUGACGCGUCUCCUCCAGUCCGGAUGGUUCUUCCUCUGUCUCUUGUGACUGUGACACGUUCGGGGAGUGCUGGCUGGUAUUUUGUUCAGCUGUAAUUCGGGUUUGGCUGCUGUGCUGUGGUGCCAGGUCCUGGGCCCACAGCCGUGCGCAGAGUGGGACAGAGUCACUCUUCUGACACUUCCUCCCGUUGGGGGAUUGCUCCUUACAAUUUAAAAUUGGACAGUGUGUUCAUACAGCUGAAAACGGUUAAGCUGUAAACAGGUGUAUGGUGGAGUGGCUCCUUCCCAGCUCAGCCCUGCUGCCCCGCGUGGCCGAGUGUCCUGUCGUGUCCUGAUGUAGCCCCAGCAAAUAGCAUCUCGUCUUCCAGCUCCUUUGCACAAAAGUAGCAGCGUGUACACACGCUCCCGUGAUGCGUUUGCACUUGCCUUGCGUGUGUGAGGGGACCGUUGCUGGGCGAGGGCGGUCCCGUGUGUCCCUGCUCCGACCCAGUGCUCCAAGGCUUCCCUGCGGUUUCUGUUCUCUGCUCUCGUUCCCAGAGUGUCAAAGGUGAUCGGAAGAACCUCUAAACAAAUAAAUAAAAAUACCUUGGUUUGGUCAGAUAUGAUUCGAUGUGACUCCUCAGAACCCUUCUGUUUUUCAGGAUUUAAAUUUCAUCCUGGAUGUGGUGCUCUGAGCAUCCAAUGGUUUUUGAAAGGCAGAUUGCCGAGGUUCGGGGUGAGCAGACGUUCUCUGGGAGGGCGGCUCGGCUUCUGCACGCUCACAGCCACUGUCUCUACAGGUCUCCUCACCCGGCCAGGGAGGGAGCCGAGGCCUGGGCCCGACUUCGUAACCGCGUGAGCCCAGAUUUGCAGCCCGGCCCCUCCGAGCCUCCGGGUGAAGGGGUACCCCAGUCCCUCCCCCAGGAGGCUCCCCGGACACUCGACUCUGAAUUGGAAGAUAUGGCCGCUCACGUUGGAGCUUCCCGCACCCCCCAGGAGGUGAUGGAGCAUUACGUAAGCAUGUACAUCCACGGAAACCUGGGGAAAGCCUGCAUCCCCGACACCAUCCCCAACCGGGUGACCGACCACACGUGCCCCAGCGGAGGGCCCCUCUCUCCCAGCCUCACCACCCCCUUGCCUCCCCUAGACAUCUCGGUGGCCGAGCAGCAGCAGCUGGGCUACAUGCCGCUGCGCGACGACUACGAGAUCGAGUACGACCAGGACGCCGAGACGCUCAUCAGCGGGCUCUCGGUCAACUACGACGACGAGGACGUGGAGAUCGAGCUGAAGCGCGCGCACGUGGACAUGUACGUGCGCAAGCUCAGGGAGAGGCAGCGGCGCAAGAACAUCGCCCGCGACUACAACCUGGUGCCCGCCUUCCUGGGCAAGGACAAGAAGGACAAGGAGCGGCCGGCCAAGCGCAAGAUCACCAAGGAGGAGAAGGAGCUGCGGCUGAAGCUGCGGCCGCUCUACCAGUUCAUGUCGUGCAAGGAGUUCGACGACCUGUUCGAGAACAUGCACAAGGAGAAGAUGCUGCGGGCCAAGAUCCGCGAGCUGCAGCGCUACCGGCGCAACGGCAUCACGAAGAUGGAAGAGUCGGCCGAGUACGAGGCGGCGCGGCACAAGCGUGAGAAGCGGAAGGAGAACAAGGGCGCGGCGGGCGCCCGGCGGGGCAGGGAGGACGGCAAGGACGGCGAGUUUGCGGCCAUCGAGAACCUGCCCGGCUUCGAGCUCCUGUCCGACCGCGAGAAGGUGCUCUGCAGCUCCCUGAACCUGAGCCCCGCGCGCUACGUGACCGUGAAGACGAUCAUCAUCAAAGACCACCUGCAGAAGCGACAGGGGAUUCCCUCCAAAAGUCGCCUGCCUAGCUAUUUGGACAAAGUGCUAAAGAAAAGGAUUUUAAAUUUCCUCACGGAAAGUGGUUGGAUCUCCAGGGACGCCUCCUGAAGCGGCAGCGUGGAGAGUCGGGGCGCGGCUCCGGGAGCCAGGAGGGCCGGGGUGAGGGUGGGGGAAGGAAACGCUUUUCCCCCCACCCGCUGUUGCUCUUUUUUAAGCAAAUUGAGUUCCUUUCUUGUAGGCUAUAAAUUCUUUUCGUGGUCCUCUGAAAGAAGCAAUAGUAACGAUUUUACGUCGGAUCAUGGGGGACGCCGAUACAGGUCUAUUUUAACGUAGUCCUAAGGUGAUACCUGAAGGUGACGAUCGGCCUUUAUGUUCAGUCUGGGGUUAUGAGAUUGGGUAAUUUCCUUUUGCGUCUUCCCUUUGGUACGCAACUCGUGCUGUGGGUAAGAGGAGCGACUUUCCGCCCGCCAGCUGCCAGCUUUACCCUGUGACAUGACCUGUGGCUGGUGCUGGGGGCUCCCUUGGAGGUGGGGGGGGGGUAUGGCCACCCACGCGGACACCCCAGCACAGCCCCAGCACACGGCACUUUAGGUGGGGGCCAGGGUGGGGCAGGUGGGAAGUGAGGCCAGAGAAGCACGGGAAGUUUCCACAUAAGCUUUAGAGGAAGACUCUGGGGUUGAACAGGGUCCAGAUGAGCUUCUCCUCGAGUGUCGGCAGCGUGGGGUUCCAGCUUGUAGUUCCCAAGUCGGGAAACCGCCCCUUGCCCCGUUUCCGCUCACUUUGGGCAGGCACGGGAGCCCUGGGCAGGCUCCCUUGUGUGCGGAAGGGGCCAGUGGGGAGCUUGGGUGCGGGAGGGUUAGCAUGGGUGCCGGGAUUGAGCCAGCUCAGGGGGCUGCUGCUUGCUGCUCUAAUGCUUGCGACGCGUCUUACUCGGAAGAACUCGUUCUAGAAGGUUUACGCCUCUGAGUUCUGGAGUACACUUUCUCCAGGAUUUUCAUCGCGGUCACAGUUACCUUUUUCCGCUGAAACUGACCUUGACUGUGCUAGCUUGGCUCAAGCAUCUUCGGGUGGUGGCCGGCGCUCUGCAGACCAGCCGGCUGGACUGGGCUGCUCACACGGCAGGGUCUGGCGGAGCAGGAAGGAGUCUGGAGGGCGAGGCCCUGCCUUGCUCCUCUGGGUCCCGGUCUUGGACCGCUGGCCUCGGCUUUUGCCCAGGGCCCUCAUUCAUGGAUAUACACGGUACCUUCCUUCUGGAACUUGAGUCAUUUGUCUUCCUGCUGCUCAGGGUUGGUUCUCAUGUCUUAAGACCCUGCUUUAGAGUCAGAGUGACCGCAGACCCCAGCACCCCAUUCUUCCUGGAGCUCAUCCUGCCUCUCCUGCCCCCAUAGCUACCAAGAGACUUGACCUUCCAGAAUGUUUGGGCUUGAAGUUAACAUUAAAGUGACGUUAUUUGAAAGACAAGAGAAAAAAAGACCCUCAUCAUUUCCAAGGACUUAAUUACGGUGCCUUUUCCUUUCUUUUUACACCCUCCUGUCCCCCAGGGUAAAUUUUUCAGCAUUAAAUAAAACAUUUCAAAUAUACUGUA